CGAGGCGUCUCUCUCCCUCCCCGUCUCUCUCUAAAGCGCGCCCAGCCAGGGCCCCAGAGACACGCAGAGCGCGAAAGGAGCAGGAGCGGGACGAGUUUGCUCGGAGUCAGUUUCUCGCUUCUUUCCCGGGCGAUGGCUUCGACGACGGCGGCGUCUUUCCUCCCGCGCGGGAGCCCCAUGCUGCUGGGUCCGGAUCCGCCUUCGGAGCGACUCCCCCCGGGCGCAGCGGCCUUCCGCGAGGUGCAGAAGAUGAUGCACCACGAGUUCCUCCAAGGCCUGGCCGCCGCUCCGGGACCCCCGUUGGGAGCCUUGCCGCCGAAUCAGUGGGGCCCGGCGCCCGGAGCGGCGGAUUGGGGCCACGGCGCAGGCGCAGGAGGAGGAGGAGGAGGGGGUGCCUUGCUGGAGGCCGCCAAAGGGGUGCCCCCUCCCCGCGCGGAGUUGGGGGGCUUCCCUUCGCGGGGGCUCGGGGGCGGCGCCUGGGGGCAGAGCAGCAGCCCUGGAUCGGGGGCUUCGGUGGGGCACCACCACCACCAUCACCCCCACCACCAUCACCCCUCUUUGGGAGGUUGCCCUUCGCCUCAGCAGCACCCACAACAACAACACCAACACUCGGGGUUGCUCUACUCGCAAGCCGCAGCCUUCCCGGGCGCGCUGAAUGGCAUGCUGCAGCUCCCUCCGCACGGACACGAAGCCGAGCUUUUGGAGAGUCUCCAGCCGCACCACCACCACCCGCACCACCCCCAGCACCAUCAGCACCACCAGCACAACCACCACCAUCAUCCCCAGCCGCCUCCGCCGCAGCACCACCACCCCCUGCAGCAAGCGCCGGCCUUGGAGGAGGAGGAAGAGUCCGCGCCCAGCUCCGACGACUUGGAAGCCUUCGCCAAGCAGUUCAAGCAGCGGCGCAUCAAGCUGGGCUUCACGCAGGCCGACGUGGGCCUGGCCCUGGGCACGCUCUACGGCAACGUCUUCUCGCAGACCACCAUCUGCCGCUUCGAGGCCCUCCAGCUCAGCUUCAAGAACAUGUGCAAGCUGAAGCCGCUGCUGGGCAAGUGGCUGGAGGAGAGCGACGCCGCCGGGAGCGGGAGCCCCUCGGGAGGCGGCGGAGAGAGGCUCGGCGGGGCGGGCGCGCAGGGACGGAAGCGCAAGAAGCGCACCUCCAUCGAGGUCGGCGUCAAGGGCGCGCUGGAGGGACACUUCCUCCGCUGCCCCAAGCCCUCCGCCCACGAGAUCGGCGCCCUCGCCGAAGCCCUCCAGCUCGAGAAGGAGGUCGUCCGCGUCUGGUUCUGCAACCGGAGGCAGAAGGAGAAGCGCAUGACCCCGGCGCCGCCCGCCCCGCUCCCCAUGGACGACUAUGGCCUCAACCCCUCGCAGCAGCAGCAGCAGCAGCCAAGCGCGGGGCCCGGGACCCCCUCGCCGCCCCCGCACGCCCUCCGCCCCGCCCUCCACGCGCUCCAAGGGACCCCCGGGCAGUGAGAGACCCCACCCUCGAGCAUACUAUUUAUUCGGGAAAGGACCCGAGACAGAGCCUCUCUCUCCUUCCCCCCCUCCCUCCCUCCGGGGCCCGGACCUUCCCGC